CUUUAAAAGGCACUGUAAUACCCCACUGCCAACAUCCAUCCACAGCAUCCUCAGUUAACAGAUUCCAGCUUGAGAUCGACAAACAGAGCUCCUGAGUUGAGUUGAAUUUCUUCUUCUUUCUUUCCUCCUUUGCUUGCUUGCUGCUGCUGCUGAAAUGGCGGACAUAGCGUUGCUGGUGGCCGAGGAGUUCGAGAAGAGGCUGAAGCGAGGGGCGCCCAGCGGCGCCGAAGCCAAGGAGGAGUCCAAGGGCACGGGCAUGGGGAACUUCGGGGCCGUGACGAAGCUGUGGGAGUCUGCCGCGUCCGGGGCCAAGGUGCGGGUAGCGCUGCUCGUCAAGGCCGACGUGCCGGAGCCCAAGUCCAGGCUCGCCAUGGCAGCCUUCGAUGGCAUCUUCUCUGCUUAAUUGCUUCACUUUUUUCCUUUUUCUGUUUGUGGCAGCCAAUGGCCGUGUGACUUGUACAUAGCCGUCUUUUACUGAUUUGCAACAUGGAACAAGCCUAUGUGGUAUUUACUCUCA